CCACAUCAAGGCAGCCAUGCCAGUGUGACGGAUACCCCUUUUCACUUCUCCCCCCCUAAAUAAAGGUAAUAGGGGGUCCCCGCAAAACUAGCCUGGCACGGUCCAGUUGCCAUACCAAAAAACCCCUGCACUUUGACCCACUGUUACAUUUAAUUAUGGGGAGGGGGGAGAGUUACAUCGCCGUCAAAAGCAAAAUGUCUUUCAUCUGAAGUUGGCAUCGACGAUCACUGCCUAAUUCAGCGGAGCAAGCUCCGAGGCCCCUGACAUGCUGCGCCACACUCAGUCUUGGCCACUCGCCACAUCGCGGGGAUCAUAAAAGCUUGAAUGCACGUGGAUUUUCUCUUCUCUUCCACACGCAGUCCUCAGUCUAUCCUCGAAAAUUUAAAGACCCUCUAGUCAAGUUAACGCUAGCAGUCAGGAUGCCUCCUCCAAUGGCCGACGAGAAGCCCUCGAACUCGAGCGUGGAACCCAACCCAGCAACCGACGCUUUAAUCCUGAACUCGUCCGCUGCACAGGCAGAGGCCAGUACAUCGUCGCAAAGGAAGACAGAGGUUGAAGAAGCGGCGGAUAGAUUGUAUGAGGAGCGGAUUGAAGAGGAAUAUGCGAAACGUGAAGGUGGUGCUUGAUGGGGUUGAAUAUUUACUGGGGAGAUGUACGAUCACGAUAGGUUGAAAUUGGGGUGCUCAGGCACAGGAGGACAUCAGGGAGGAUCAUUGUGAUAUGCUUGAUACCUCUCCGUCUCUGAGUUAAAUGAAUAAAAAUUAUUCCUAUUCAUAUCCCGC